CUUUUUGAAGUAGGCUUUUUAACAAAGGAAAGGAAUGAGGGAAGACGUUUUCUCUUGAUCCUAGCACUCAAUCACGUAAUACCUGCCCAUUUCUUGCCCUAAGUUAUAUUUUGCCGCUGUUUACAGAAUCAGAAGGCGGUGUUAGAAAUCGGAUGCACCCUCUCCACUAUUACAUUGUUGCAGAUCCCUUCGGAAAAAUCAUGUUUCAGAGUGAAAAUCUUCAGCCAUUCUCCCCAUCCCUCAUGAGUUACAUGCCAAACUGCAAUGUGAGGUAUCCUCCUCAUCCAGCUCACAGGAAUCCUCAUGCAGGCAUGUACAGAUCCCUGUCACACCACCAACUCAACGAGAACCCACAGUGUAGCUCGUCGUCAUUCAACCAAAAGUAUCACACAGGAAUUUCAAACAAUGUUUGUCAGCGAGACCAGAGCCAGCCUAGCCCAUUAUUCUCUUGCAGGUCAAUCCCACAGUCAAAUGUUUGCACAACAAAAUAUGAAGAUGAAGUGUUUCAGAGCGGUGGUGAUGAACAUGAGAGGCGUCAUUGUGAGAAAUUUAACGAGUUGAAUCAUCCCUUGAUGGCAAUUGACUGUCGGAAAAAUACUGAGAUCAGAUCACUUUCUCCCACAGAUAGCGGAAUCUCUUCUCAGUCAUCAACACCAGGCCACUUUCAAAAGUACAGGCACUCGUGCCCAAAAAGCAGCCCACUUAGGGGUUCCUGUUUGAUUAGGGGAAGUAAUGGAGGAAGUGGCUGCAGCAGCAGUGUCGACAGUAACGAACCAAGGGGAACAAAACGGCACUACCAGAACAAUCGAACAAGUCGUAGCCCAAGUCCUCUUCUUAAUCCUUCAUCAGCAAAACCGAGCGGCGCGGAACCUGUGGCCUCCCGUCCCAAGCGCCGUUUCCAGGACUGCUGCGAAGGUUUGCCGCCCAUAGUUCCAUCAGCCUGCCUACUUAACAUUCAGCUACGUUCACACCGGCCCGACAGUUUGCUCAAUGGAAGCGAAUGGGAUAGGUUGUCUCACGCCAUUUGGUGCAAGUACACUAGCCACGAACAAACUCAAGAAACUCUUCGACGUAAGUUACGACUUCGAGAAAUGGUCCACCACUACAUCAGAAGCUACUAUUUGCACCAGUGUGGACUGUACAUUGUCGGAUCGAGUGUAUCAGGUUUUGGUGGAGAGAGCAGUGACAUGGACCUUUGUUUAGUUAUAUCAGGACACGAUGUCGAUCAGCGUUUCCAUGCUCUAGAGUAUCUCUACCGCGUCCAAAAAGCCCUCAAACAAUGUCGUUUUCUAACGAAAUUGGAUGUCAUCAGAGCCAAAGUCCCCAUCUUGAGAUUUUUCGACAGUAUUACUAAUCUCGAAGUUGAUCUCAACUUUAAUAACAUUGUCGGCAUCCGCAAUACUCACCUGCUCAAAACAUACGCACAAUUGGACUGGCGAGUGCGGCCGCUAGUGUUGGCUGUCAAGCUAUGGGCCAGACAGCACGACAUCAAUGAAGCUAAAUCGAUGACGAUGUCGAGUUACUCGUUAACGUUGAUGGUAAUUUAUUACCUUCAAGCCGGAGUCCAUGUACCUGUCCUACCUUGCCUGCAAAAGGUGCGAGCCGAGAGGUUCUGGCCAGAAGGAGAUAUUCGUAGACUGCAAACCUUCACAGAUGAUGAAUUGAAAGUACUCCGGUCCAAUAAUCACAUGACACUUGGUCAGCUGUUUGCCGGAUUUCUAGACUACUACGCACAUCAUUUCAACUACGGUGCGCACGCAAUGUCUAUAAGACUUGGUGGAACAAUUCCUUUGGAACAGUGUCGACAGUAUAUGUCUUCUAAAAAUGAUCCACAUCAUUGGAAGUACAUAUGCAUCGAAGAGCCAUUUGAUCGGACCAACACGGCUCGUUCUGUAUACGAUCCUGCGGCGUUCCAGAAAAUUGUCGAUGUAUUUCGUCAAUCGGCUGCUAAAAUUAGCCAGACCAAGGAUCUAUCGAGUGUCAUGACCUAAAUGCAGCAGCUGAUUCUUUAGCUAAGGAAGCCACCAUGCCGCAUGCGGCGCAGUAGAUUGCCGCCAAUGAUACAGGAAGAGGGGAAAAAUUUAAAAUAUUUUGCCUUCUUUAAAUUUUAAACUUGUUAUUUAGCGAUGUGUGGAAAAACAGGAGGAAAAAACGACUACUGAGCCACGGGGAAAAGAAAAUUCCGGGCUAGUUUGCCGGCCAUUUCUUUUUGCCAUUUGUCCUUUCGCCUUGCAAAGUCUUGUGCCAAUUUUUUUUUCUAAUCUUUGGGCGUAAAGUCAAGAUUUAUCCAAUGUUCUGUAUGUGUGCACUAUUUUGACCCGAGUUGCUUUUUUGCAUUUGUUUGAAACUAAUUGCUAGUAACCAUCUGGUCUCCAGCAAAGAAAUGCGUGCAAGCGCAAAGCAGAAGAGACGUUAAUUGGUUAGAUUGGACUAUGCAUUUACAUUGGAGUCAUAUACGAUUUGUUUAAUCUGUUCCCAUAUAUAAAGGCGCUGCUAUGGCUUUUUCGCCUGAAUGUUGUUUUCGGUUCAUGUUUUGGAAUUAUGUAUAAAUUUUCUUUUGGAAUACAAUUUGGCAAUCAAUCAAAAA